CGCCUUAUAUUAUCAAACCCCCAAAGCUAAAAUAUUGUCUAGCAUCAAGCAAAGUUUCAAUCUGUUAUGGUCCAUCGCCGAAUCUACAAGAAAAGUUGGAAAGAUUUAACUUCACGAAACAAGAACCUGAAGAUUGUAAUUAUUUUCCACUCCUGGGUCUUCCUAGAAAACAUGAACACUGGUGAAAUAAGCAUUAAAUGUGACGAGGAAGUUCUUAACUUGAAGCAGAGAAAGUGGAAAUCAACUGAAGAAAUAAUCUUCAAUGGUCAAAGAAUGUGUUAGAGAACUAUUUGAUAUUGUUGUACUAGUAUACCCUUUUCAUUUGAAUUCUUUGUUUCUCCACAUUGAGUAGCAGUUGCAUUUGUAAUUUGUGACAAAAGCAGUAAUGAACUGCCACUGGGCUUUGACAAGAUGCAUGGAUUCUCCAUGGUUGAUGGCUUUGCGGAGAUAACUGAAAGCUUGGCCGAGAUGAUCAAGUAUGUGGCGAACGAACCCUCGGUAGGGCUUUUCUAUAUUCAGCAGCAUACUCAGAAUGCAGUUCCGAAUGUCAUUAGGCUCAAGAAUAAUGUUGUGGAGAAGUCACGUGAAACAAAUUUGCGCACUGAAGACUUGGAGGAUUCUAUCACCGUGGUGAAGUCAAUGAAAGAAUGUGGUUUCCCUGUUGCUGAUGAGAUGAUUAGAGACAUCAGGACAUCUUUAGCAAUAUUGUCAGCUAAACAACCAAGAAGAGGAUUAAUCAAUAGCCCAGUUUCAGGUUUCCAGAUGGGAAGAACCAGCUCAUGGGGACCAGGCACUUGGGGUCGUAAUGGAGAUGAUGCCAAGAAGGAUGGCAAAAGAACGAGCAAUUACGUUUCAACUGUAUUUAAAUCUGCCAAAGAAAGGGCAAGCAAUUUCAAGUGGCCACCACGGGAUUCAAAAGAAUCAACCACAAACCAGGCAGAAAAACCGUUGUCUUAUCCCAAUCCAUCACAAUUGGUCGGUAUCUCUAGUUCAUCUUUGCCUGCUGCAGAACUUGAUGAACUGCCCUUGUCCAGUCUAACUGCUGACGAGCAAGAAUUAGAUAAAGAAAAGGAUCAGGUUGGUGUAAAUUCACCACCUCAUAAUAUAUUGUUGGUAACAGAAAACCACAAUGACUUCCAGGCUGAUAAGGAAGCCAAGCUAGAGGAGUGGUUGGGAAGGACUGCUGACAACCAAGAUAAAGUGCAAUGGAGCAAAUGAUGCAGGUGGCUUUUCCUUCUUCUUCAUCGAACAUGUCCAAUGCCAUUGCUUCUCAAAAAACCUUUUGCUUGUAUAUCUGUUGUUUGUGCCUAGUGAGCUUAGAAGUUAUAUUACACGGUUCAUCAAAAUACUUGUCUCGUUUUGGUUGGUUUCACAUAGCUUUAGCGUCUCAGGUUUCUUUUAUUAACUUUUUUCUGUUUUCUUAUGUAAUUAAUGUAACAAGAGAGAUCUUCUGUA